AUGGACUCGCCAACAGGAAUGAAAUUCAGAGGAAAGGCUAAUGGGAAGGAAGCUUACGGGAAAGCUGUUAGCAACAACAACAAUGGGAAAGCGAACGGGAAGGUGAACGGGAAAGUGAACGGGAAACUCAACGGAAAACAGGGCGAAGCUCACUACAAAACAAAGGAUCUUGUGGAGCACGAGCUGGAGCAUAUUCGCCUAUAUGGGCAAAACUGCAAAGAUGGCAAACAGCUGAGCCAAAUAGUCGGGACUGAUGGGCACAAAGGGCUUGCGAAAUCCAAAAAACCCAAGUUUUGUUCGGUGAAAACUCCUUGGAAACGCCGGCUUCAGACGCUAGCCGUCGCGUGGCAUGUAGGCUCGUUUGUGUACAUCCUGGCGUUCGCUAUUUUGGCCCUUGCCAACCCGAUAAUGUGGGUCAUAAUGGUUCCCUACAUGGUCUACUACGCAACGGACAGGUCGCCAUCCAACGGCAACGUUACCAAGCGCUACUCUCCUUGGGUUAGGAGCCUACCUUUUUGGCGCUACUAUUGUGAGUACUAUCCUAUUCAUUUGCACAAAACGGCAGACUUAAUCCCAUCUUUCACGGAAAAAGCGGAGAGCAAGCCUGGAUUAGCUCAGGAUAGAUAUCUGAUCAGCUUCAGAGUGCGCUUGUGGCCUUUCAAGUACUCGCUCAAGUUUAACAUCUUGAAAUUGAACAACGCCUCACCGGAGUUGGAGGCAACUGGACCGCGCUACAUUUUUGGUUAUCAUCCACAUGGUGUGGCAGCUUUGGGUGCUUUUGGCGCAUUUGCAACUGAAGGUGCAGAUUUUUCCAUGUUAUUUCCUGGAGUUCGGAUGUGUUUGAUGACUCUUAUCAACCAGUUCCAAAUUCCUUUCUAUAGGGAUUACUUGUUGUCUCUGGGGAUUACAACGGUUUCCAAGAAAAAUGCUUUGCGAGUGCUGCAACAAAACUACUCCACCUGUAUUGUUGUCGGAGGAGCUCAGGAGGCUCUUCUAAGUAAGAUCGGUUCUGCCGACUUGGUGCUUAAACGCAGAAAAGGCUUCAUAAAAUUGGCCCUGGAGACCGGAAACGUCGGCCUCGUGCCUUGUUUUGCCUUUGGAGAAACAGACUGUUACAACAUUCUGCAGACGGAUGAGAAAUCGUACCUGCGCAAGAUGCAAAUAUGGUUCAAAAAGUCUUAUGGGUUCACUAUCCCAUUUUUCUUUGCGCGCGGACUCUUUAAUUACGACUUUGGCUUGAUUCCCUUUCGCAAGCCAAUUAACGUGGUAACAGGAAGACCUAUUUAUGUCAAGGAAAAGUUCGAAACUCCGUCAAUCGAGGAUAUCGAUUAUUAUCAAGACUUGUACAUCGAGGAGCUGAAAAGAAUUUUCUAUACUUAUAAGGAGCAGUUUGGUUGUGAAGACCAAGUAAUCAAUUUUGUAGAAUAG